ACAUGCUAUGUACAGGAAGAGAUGAAGAGUUUGGUAAAUGUCACUUUCAACUAGGCUUUGAGAAUGAGUUUUGUAUAGUUCGAUCUUGGACGGCUCUUCAUCAAGACCCAGCUUUGGGAAUACCUGAAACAGAGGUUCACUUCCUUCUACCAGGUGGCUGGAUUCCAUUUUAGUAAGAGCAAUGAAGAGGGAAACUGCUUUCAGAUAAGCAGUGAGAUCCCAGGGGCAGUUGUGAGAAGACGUGUCUGUUACAUAAGGCCUGAUUUUUUCCUUCCCGUCUGUGUUUAUCGAUACUGAAGAUGAAUUGGUCUUCUUUGGAAGCUGAUCACAGCAAAUACUGUGCAGUCAACGACCAAAUGGAACCAUUCACUUACUUCUACUACGUGAUCUUCUUGACUGGAAUCAUUGGGAGCUCUGUGGCGCUGUGGGCGUUCACUCGACAUGGCAAAAACAACAAUUGCAUAAACAUUUACCUGAUCAACCUACUGACUUCAGACUUCUUACUGACCUUGGCCUUGCCUUUUAAAAUCGCUGUUGACUUAGGCAUUGCCCCUUGGAAACUAAAGAUCUUCCACUGCCAGUUCUCUGCCUGCCUCAUAUACAUAAACAUGUAUGCAUCCAUUAUAUUCUUAGCUUUUGUGAGCGUAGAUCGGUACCUUCAGAUAACUCAGAGCUCAAAACUGUUUAGGAUACAGAAUGUGGGAUUUGCUAAAAUGAUGUCUGGAGUUGUGUGGGGGUUGGUGCUGUUCAUCAUGGUCCCAAACAUGCUAAUUCCCAUCAAGACUAUAGAAGAAAAAACUCUGGUCACCUGCGCCGAAUUCAAACAGGAACUGGGACUCAACUGGCACAUGCUUACAAAUUUCAUAUGCAUUGCUAUAUUUCUGAACGCUUCGGCCGCUAUACUGAUUUCAAAUGGGCUUGUCUUGAAGCGCCUGUGCCGAAACAGGAACUACGAGAAUCACCAAAAUGUAAAGCAAGCUAUGUUCAAUAUCCUGGUUGUCACCCUGGGAUACGUUGUUUGUUUUGUUCCGUACCACAUCGUUCGAACCCCAUACACGUUUACACAGAACAAGGUCAUCACCGACUGCUCGCUGAAGCGCUCGCUGUUUUUAGCCAAGGAAAGCACCUUGCUGUUGUCGGUGCUCAAUCUUUGUUUUGAUCCAGUCCUCUACUACCAUCUCUCACACUCUUUUAGACAAAAGGUCUCGGAGGCAUUCAAGCCACAAAGACAGCCUUCCAUAAAAAACACAGUUCCGGCUGAAAAAUGAAACGUGUUCAAUAAAAGAAAAAAAAACCUGAACAACUCUGUAGAAAAUGACCUAAAAGCGUGUCUGUUCGCUUUUCAUUCUUGGAUACAUGAAUAAAUUGAGACAUUUUUGCUUAAUACUUUGCUCUCACAUGGCUGCCGUAGUGAUGGAACAGGUUGUUUUUCAGCUUAGACUAGUUCUAUUUCACACACUACUGAAAUCAGUGUGGACAGUCAAUAAUCUACUGCAAAGGAGUGCUCUGAAUGGCUAGAAAGGUUGUACUGAGGUAUAAUUGGUGAAAAUUUACAACACUGUAAACUCGUGGAUAUUUUGACUACUACCUUAAGAAUUUAAAUGGCAUAUCAUUAUAUUUAGUACUAUAUAACAACCGUCAAUACAUCUGAUCAGUCAACUUGUACUGUAUAUUUGCAUAUAGUGAUCUUUAAACCUAUGAAAUUCAUGACUUGGGAAUUAUAUUGUAUUAUAUUAUAUACAACAAUAAGAUAUAAUAUUGGAAAGCUAAAUGUUAAAAAAGUUGAAUGCUGUAUAAAUUACUACUGUACAUAAUUAAAGCAAUAUUGUUAAGAAAAAUUAUGUUAUACACUCAAUAAAUAAACUAUAUUGUUGUGGGCAUGUCUGAUGCUAUUAAAAACAGUGCUAAACUAGUUUUAUUCUAUUAACAAGUUUU